AUGCAAGUGAAAAGAGAAUUUGCUUUUCUUCUUUGGUUUAAUCUCCCUAGAGAAAUGGAUCUACUAACUGCAAUCAUUUUCCUCGCUGCUUUGCUACACCAAUCUGAUGGACAGGGUUUUCAGUAUAAACAAAUGGACAAUUCCUUCUUUCCUCAUUUUAAGUUUCAAAACCAAGAACAGAUCCUUAAGCAACACAAUGAAAUACGGAGAUCUGUAAUUCCCACAGCCAGGAACAUGCUGAAGAUGGUGUGGAGUGAGAAAGCUGCCAAAAAUGCUCAGCAAUGGGCAAAUAAGUGUGGGAUGAAAAUCAGUCCAAGAGAUCAGAGAGUCAUUAAUGGUGUCACCUGCGGUGAGAACGUAUUACUAUCAUCUUACCCAAGAACAUGGGCUGAAGCAAUUAAAGUCUGGUACAGUCAGUCCUCCAAGUUCAAGUACGGAUUUGGAGCAACCACGAAAAAUGUCAAUAUUGAGAACUAUACUCAGCUAAUCUGGUACAACAGUUACCAGAUAGGAUGUGCAGUUGCCUACUGUCCUAAGAACCAGUUCAAUUACUUUUAUGUUUGCCAAUACUGUCCUUCAGGAAAUAAUAUAAUGCAAAUAGCUACACCUUACAAAAGCGGACCAAAAUGUGCAGACUGUCCUGGCCACUGUGACAGAGGGCUUUGCACCAAUCCUUGCAAGUAUCAAGACCUCCUUGGAAACUGCAGAAAUCUGAAAAUCUUGUUUAGCUGUAACCAUUCAGUGGUGAAGGAGAAGUGCCCUGCUACCUGUAGAUGCACCGCUCAAAUCAUAUAA